GGCUGAUAAAUUUUUGACUAUCGUUAAUAAAUUUAAAAUAUCAAAAUGGAUGAAUACAUUACGGUAAUUAAGUAUUAAUAGUGUAGUAGAAUUACAGGGAAUUGGAGAAAUUGAUAGAUGGAAUUCCUGUUCCAGAUAUUACGGUAUCUUCCAUGUCACAAUAAUCUGAUCGACUGACUCCUUAAUCAAAGAAAAAAUAAUCUCUAACAAGGGAACAAGUUCAACGCAUUCUAAGAAGAACAACUGAGUAGACUUAAAUCCCAGUAAACAAAUAGAAGGUCUUUACUAUGCAGACCUUUAAUUGUAAGGAGAAUUCAAAUGAUGAAUAAAUGCUUAAAAUGAUGAAAUAAAAGGAAGGAAAGGGUAAUUCAGAACUAUAGAUAUUGCAACACUAAAUUAAGGAAUAACAGAAAGUUAUUGAGCAAUAAAUUCAUCAAAUUGGAUAAAUAAACAUUAAAAUUGAAUAUCUGACAAAUGAAUUGUAGGAUAAUUAAGAGAAAAGACAAGCUGAUGCUAAAAAAGUGUUACAAUUAUAAUAAGUUAAUGAAUAAUAACAAUAAAUAAUUGAAGAUUUACGCAAUGAGUUGUCAAUGGCUAAAAGAGUUAGUUCAUAAUAGUAAAAUAAGGAAUAAGAUUCAAUGAAUUAAAUUAGCUUAUUGAAAUCAAAAAUCAAUUGUUUAGAAUCAGAGAUCAAUAGAACUAGGACCACUUUUACACUCACAUCUCCUAAAAAUGAUACUAUGCAGACAGAUGUAUUCUCAAAUAGAAUUGAUCCAGAAUUACUUAGUGAAGAAGAAACUUUAACUGUCUUGUUCAGUCUAUUGGGUAGGGUUUCAAAGAGUUAAAGGAUGUCAUAUUUAUUAAAUAGAAAUGCAGAUUUCAAAUUCUUAAUUAAAUGUAAACGUAGUCAACCAAGCGUGAAUAAAAUCUCAAUUCUAUAAAAUAGUAAGUCGAUGUGCGAUAGAAAAUUAUCAUAUAAUCAUGAAAAUUUUAAACAGAUAGUUAAAAAUGUGGGUAUCAAAAACCAAUGAAUUAUACUUUAUCUAUUUAUUUAUAUUUAUAUUAAUAAUGUUUUUAGAUUGCAAUAUUAUUGAAAACAGCGAUGAGGAUGAAACUCCAAACAUUUGUUUAGAUACCUUUGGCUUGAGCCAAGAAUUAGAUUAAAAAGUAUAAUUUAUUUAAUUGAUAGAAAAGUAAAAAUAAGUCCUCAAGAAAAAUAAAAAUUAUACAAAAAAUCUAGGAGUAGGAAAUGCUUAAUAUGAUUCCCAUGAUAUUGAUUUGAGUGCAUUUAUUAUCGAAAAGCAAACAUUUAUUUAAGAUAAUGAAUAAUUAAGAGGAUCGGUUGAAUUAAAUGUAGAUCCUUAAUUAUUUGAUGUUGCUUAAUUUGAUCCAUUAUAGUAAUAAGAAGAAGAAGAACAUGAAUAAACUACCUAAACUAUAUUUAAAUAACAAAAAGAAGAAAAUAAACUAAAUUUAUAAUAAUAGCAAUAAUAAUAAUAAUAAUAAUAAUAAUAAUAAUAAUAAUAAUAAUAAUAAUAAUAAGAAAAGAUAUAAAAUUAAUAACAAUAAGAAUAACAAUAAUAAGAAUAAUAGGAAUGUGUUAUAGAUAUAUGUAAUUUUGAAGAAAUUUCUGUUUAAGAUUUAAUAGCUAUUCCUCCUAUAUCUCCAUACGCUGAAAAAAUCACUUAGAUACAUUUGCCAGAUUAUUUACAUAAUUUUCUUAUUACUCCAAUCCCUAAUGAAGGGAUGUUUUAGUGCACAAUAUAAAGAGACAAAUCUGGACUUAAUAGAUUUGUUCCAAAAUACAGAAUGUAUUGGAGUCAUAAUGGCUAAUUUUUGCUUGCUGCAAGAAAGGUCUUAAAUAAAAAUAAAUAUAUUAUCACAUAAGAUGGAGAUUUUAAACAAAAAGAUGAGUUGCUGAUGUUAGGUAAAGUUGUACAAAGUUAAUAAUCAAAGGCUGAUUAUAAUUUAUUUGAUAAUGGAGUAAAAAAGAAGGAGUAAAGUAAAUUCAAAAAAUUGAGGACAUAAUUAGGUAGUGUGUUUUUUGAUACUACUUUUGAAAGUUAGACUCGACCAAGGAAAAUAGUUUUAGCAAUAAGAAAAAGUGAAAAGGAAACCCUAUAAUUUGUUAGUCGUAAACCUUAGGUUAUUAUAACAGGGGCAUGUAAAUAUUAUAGAAAUUAUUAGAAAAAUUAUAUACUCUUGAUUUCUUCGGAAGAGUGAAAAAACCAUCAAUAAAGAAUUUUUAAUUGGUAUUAAAAAAUGAUGAUAAGGAUGUGAUAUAUGUGUAAUUUGGAAAAAUUGAUAAGAAUCGAUUUAAUUUGGAUUUCAUGAGUCCUUUAAGUCCCUUAGUAGCUAUGUAGUUGGCUUUAUGCAAUUUGAAUUUCGCAGGGAAAGCAUGA